AUGUCAAUCAUUGAAUUCACAACAAUCAAAUUGCUUCAAAAGCAAAAUUCAAAUGUUAUAUCUCAAAAAAUUAACAGUAAUCAAAAUAACUCAUCCAAUGAAGAAAAUUUAUCUGAUCAGCCUAAAAAAGGCAUU